AUGGAGGACGCGGAUGGUGAAGUGCUCUCGUUGACGGAGGAGUACCCCACCAGCGAUCGUUUCAAGGUCAACAAGUUUGCCGUGGCCAAGACGCACGUGCGUGAUGCGAAGAGGGGCGCUGUCUUGAAGAAGGCCGACUUCGAGACCGAUUCCGCGUCCUUUGUGGCUCCCACCGCCCUGACGGUCUUCAGCGGCCGUGCGGAUGCGCCAACUUCGCUGUGCAGCAUCAACCUGGAAGCCAAGCAAGGCUCCGUGACUCGCAAGCUGUCUGAGGAGGUCUCCGUGGUGGAGCUCGGCUUAACGGAAACCGCCCAGUACGCAGGAUCGACCUUGGGCAGCAAGGCGGAGUUGUUGGAGGACAUCGCCAACCCAAGUAAUUGGAUCCGUGAUGCCUCCCGACAACUCAGUGGCUUCAGCAUUGCCACGGCCAACGGGACCGCGACGGAGACCACCAGCAUGCAGCCCGGCAACGGCACCACAUCGAUAUCGAUGACGGAGAGCACGACGAUGUCGGUCACUGAAACGGUGACGGUGGCCAUGACUGGCACCAGCACCGAUACCACCGUCCCCGAGGACGAGGGACACCCGGAUGCCGCCUGCCACAGCGGCCUGGCCUUUGGUACUUCAGCUUCAUCAGAUAUCCGCCUUCUUGGAACAUUCCGAGAUUGUGCCUUUGUUGGUAUCUACGGCGAUCAGGAUGAUUUUGCCCUGGUCUUGAUGGAGGAUGCGGAGGGCGAACAACUUUCUUUGACGGAGGAGUACCCCACCAACGAUCAUUUCAAGGUCAGCAAGUCCGUUGUGGCCAAGAAACACGUCAGCGAUGCCAAGAGGGGAGCUGUGCUGAAGAAAGCAGAUUUCGAGGCGGACUCUGCGUCUUUCGUGGCUCCGACCGCUUUGACUGUCUUCACGGGAAGCCAGGAGGCGGCUACGCCGUUGUGCAGCAUCAACUUGGAAGCCAAGCAAGGAAGCGUCACGCGCAAGCUGAGCGAAGAGGUGAGCGUGGUGAUGCUGGGCCUGACUGACACUGCUCAGUAUGCGGGCUCCACCAGUGGCAGCAAGGAAGAAUUGUUGGAGGACAUCAGCAAUCCCAGCAACUGGCACCGUGAUGCCUCACGAAAGCUGUCCGGAUUCAGCAUCGCCAGUGGCAAUAUGACCGAGACCGAGUCCACCAGCAUGAUGCUCAACGCCACGGUCACCGUCAGCACCACCGCGACCACCGUCGUCACCAUGACGGACACCGCCACCGAGACCACCGUCGUCACCGUGACGGCCACCGAGACCGAAUUCGACGACGACGAGGGACCCCCGGAUGGCGAUGCCGCCUGCCACAGCAGCCUGGCCUUUGGAUUGCUGUUCGCCUUGCUGGGACGAGCCUUCGCUUAG